CAGAGUUCACAUAGAUUUUUUAUUUCUUCGAGCAUGAAAACUUUAUUUUUAUUUUUUCGCUUUAAGAAGUGAAAUGUAUGAAGUUGAUUGCUUCUUCUGGAAACCUUUCCUUUAGCUGCAGGUUUCCAAAGGCUUUCAUGGCAACCAAAAGAACCUCCUCCUCAGUUUUUCCUUCUUCCUCUUCUUCAUACCCACCUUGGACCUAUGAUGUCUUCCUCAGCUUCAGAGGUGAGGACACCCGUAAAAGCUUUACAGAUCAUCUAUAUUUUGCUUUGAAACGAGAAGGAAUAUCCACCUUUAGGGAUGAUGAACUUGAGAGAGGGAAACCAAUUUCAUCAGAACUCGUGCGAGCAAUACAAGAAUCAAGGUUUGCGCUUGUUAUUUUCUCCAGAAACUAUGCUUCUUCUAGGUGGUGCUUGGAUGAACUCGCUGAGAUUGUUGAGUGCAUGAAAGAGAUGGGACAGACGGUGCUUCCCAUUUUCUAUAAUGUAGAUCCAUCAAAUGUACGGAAACAAACGGGAAGCUUUGCAGAAGCCUUUGAUGCACAUGAAGAGCGCUUCAAGGAUAACUUAGAAAAAGUGCAAAGGUGGAGAGCUGCUGUGACUGAAGUGGCCAAUCUUUCCGGAUUUCAUCUCCAAGAUGGGCAUGAGUCAGAAUUUAUUCAAAAGAUUAUUGAAAAGUUAGGAUGUGAUUUGGUUGGGGAACUCUCAAUUGUUUCCAAAGACCUUGUUGGAAUUGAUUGCCGUGUAGAGGAAAUAAUGAAGUUAUGUUCUGGUAUAAGAAAGGAGAAUGAUGUGGGAUUCAUAGGUAUAUCAGGAAUGGGUGGCAUAGGAAAAACAACUCUUGCACAAGCUUUUUAUGACAAAAUCGCCAAUCAAUUUCCAUCUAGAAGCUUUCUUCACAAUGUAAGAGAGGUUUCAGAAAGAGAUGGUAUUGUUGCUUUACAAGAAAAACUCCUUCAUGAUGUUCGGAUCAAAAGUUUUACACAAAGGUGGGAUGUCCAUGAGGGAAUUAGUGGGAUCAAGCACAGAUUACGCCAUAAAAAGGUCCUUAUCAUUCUUGAUGAUGUUGAUAGUUUAGAACAAUUGCAAGUAUUAGCAGGAAGCGAUGACUGGUUUGGUCAAGGGAGUAGGAUCAUUGUAACAACAAGAAAUGAACAUUUAUUGAAUGCUCAUGGAGUGGAUAGAAGGUAUAAGGUUAAGGAAUUGAGAAAUGAGGAAGCCCUUCGGCUUUUUAGUUGGAAAGCCUUCAAGAGUGAUUAUCCUCAGAGAGAUUACAUGGAAUUGUCCCUGGAUUUUGUUAAUUAUGCCAAGGGCCUUCCUCUAGCACUUGAAGUUUUGGGUCCUUUCUUGUAUGGUAAAAGCAUAAUUGAAUGGAAAAGUGCCUUUAGUAGACUAAAACAAAGCCCUGAAGGAAAAAUUAUGUCUGUACUUCUAAUAGGCUUUGAUGGUUUGCAUGAGAAGGAAAAGCAAAUAUUUUUAGACAUUGCAUGUUUCUUCAGAGGAAAUGACAGAGAAUAUGUGGAAAAGAUAUUAGAAAGUUUUGGUUUUGACCCUGUCAUUGGUCUAAGAGUUCUCAUUGAUAAAUCUCUAAUUACCGUAGUAGGGAAAAUCUUGUGGAUGCAUGAUUUAGUCCAGGAAAUGGGUCGAGAAAUUGUUCGUCAGGAAAAUACAAGAGAGCUCGGAAAGCGCAGCAGAUUGUGGCAUUGUGAUGAUGUGCUUGAUGUACUGGAGUAUAAUAUUAUUCAAUAUUUUUUUAUGCUUAUUAUUCUAAUUAAGCAGGGAACCAAAGCAGUUGAAGGGUUAGUCCUAAAGUCACCUCAACAAAGAAAGGUACAAUUGAACUGUGAAACCUUCUUGAUGAUGAAAAACCUAAGAUUGCUUGGAAUAUAUUGUGAUGUGGUACUUCCUGAAGGCCUCAAGUAUCUUCCUACUGAGUUGCGAGUUGUCCAAUGGGAACGAUAUCCUCUGAAGUUAUUUCCAUCAAAUUUCCCUUCAAGCAAACUUGUUGAACUGACCAUGUGUUGCAGCAAUAUAAAACAAUUAUGGAAGGGAUUCAAGGCAUUAGAGAAGUUGAAAUCUAUUGAACUCACUGAUUCUGAAAGUUUGACAGAAACCCCAGACUUUACCGGAGUCCCAAAUCUUGAAAGGCUGAUUCUUGAAGGUUGCACUAAAUUAUCUAGUGUUCAUCCAUCCAUUAGAAAUCUCAAGAAACUUGUCUUAAUAAACAUGAGGAAUUGUAAAAGUCUUGAGAGCAUUACUUGCAAGAUCAGCAUGGAAUCUCUUGAAACUUUUAUUCUUUCCGGUUGCGCCAAGCUCAAGAGAUUUCCAGAGAUUAUGGGAGAUAUGAAAUGCUUGUCAAAGAUUUGUUUAGAUGGGACAGCUAUACAAGAACUACCUUCGUCCAUCGAGUUCCUGACUGGUCUUAUGUUGUUGAAUUUAAGUGAUUGCAAAAAUCUUCUUAGACUUCCGAGUGUCAUUUACCAUUUGACAUCCCUUAAAACAAUCAAUCUAUCAGGCUGCUCCAAUCUUGAUGAAAUUCCAGUGACCUUAGGGGGUGUGGAAAGUCUGGAAGAGCUUGAUGUGAGUGGAACUGCCAUACGACAGAUGCCAUCAUCCAUUGUGUAUCUCAAGAACCUCAAAGUGUUAUCCUGUUCUGGGUGCAGAGGCAUGUUGUCUACGUCAUUGGUCUUCGGCUGGUUUCCAGCUCUAUGCCCUGCAAUGGGCUUGCCGUCACCUUUUUCACUUUUAGGUUUAUGCUUUUUGACCGAACUAGAUUUAAGUUACUGCAAUUUAUUUGAUGGAGCAAUCCCAAAUGAUUUGGACUGCUUAUGCUCUUUGAAGUAUCUAUAUCUAAGGGGAAACAAUUUUAGAAUUCUCCCCGAGAGCAUCUGCCGACUUUCUAACCUUUGGGAUCUGUGCUUGAGAGAUUGUAGCAAAUUGCAGUCACUGCCAAAACUUCCAAUAACUGUGGAAUACAUUUGGACGGAUGGUUGUACCUCACUGAGAAGUGAUUCUGAUCAGUAUGAAGUAUGGCCUUCAGGAGAGGAUGGACAACUUGCUAUUAUUAAGCGCUCCAUAUCCCCAGAAUGUUUGGUUAUUAUGCCAGAGUUGGAGUUCAUAGCAGUGCUUCAAAGAUAUCAUGAGAUCAAUGAGGUUUCAAGUCCACCGUUGAAAACAGCAUAUGGUGUUUCAGCUGGAGUUAUCAUUAUUCCAGAGUGGUUUACUAAUAAAAGCUACAGAUCUUUUGUAACCAUCCAGCUGCCUACAGAGUUAUAUAAUAAAAGCAGGCCGUGGAUAGGAUAUGCUCUGUAUGUUUGUUUUCUAAUGCACGAUGACUUUGAUACUGGAUGUGAUUUGAAAGUUAUGCACGAGUUUGAUUGUUACUUCAAUACCAAAGAAGGUCCUCGUCAAAAAGAAACUUUACGUCACGAGCUAAAUGUCAAAGACAUUCCAUUCACUGGGCCAAAUGGAUAUUGGCUAUACGUAACACAUGCGUGGUUUUCUCAACGUUUGAAUGGCUUCGAGGAGUGCAGUAGCAUUGAGGUUUUCACUAGAACUGAUAGCACAGCUGUACAAGUGAAAAUGAGUGGUACUCGUCUACUGAAGCACGAGCAAGAUGUUUUAGGGUUUAUCCAAGCAAUAAAAAGCAUUUUCAUUGGUGUAAGAAGAAGUAGGCAGUUCAGGAAAGCGUAUUCAGUUCAAGAAACUAAGUUGACCAUGAAGGAACAAGGAGGGGAAUCGACUUCAGGAGAUUCAGAUUGGUCCAGAAGUCAUUUGCUCAUGUCGACAGAGGAUCAAGGCUGCACAAUUGACUCUACUAUCUCUCUAGAAGAACGCAUGGAGUCACUGCCUUUAGAUUUCUAUGAGGGUCAACAAUUAGGAGAGAAAACCUACUGCAUAGUAGGCAUCCCCUUGAAUCCGCACACUGCAUCUGCUUUGAAGGAAAUCCUUCAGGAAUAUUCUCAUCGGUACGUAAUGCAUAGCCAAUCUUAUCCACAAUACAAACUUCCAGAGUGGUUCUGCAGUGUCAAUGGUUCCUCAGUAACCAUCCCUCUAAAUUCCAGUUUGGGAUCUAUGAGAGAUUUAAAAGGAAUUGCAAUUUGUGCUGCUUUCACAAUACACAGGGAUCCAUCUCUCCUGCCUUAUUGUUAUGUCGUGGAAUGUCAUGUGCAAGCCAGCACAGGUUUGAGCACGACCAGACGCAAUCAUGAAAGAACGUCAGAACUUAUUCAGUUGAAGCGGACUAGUUUCAUCUCGAUAACUUAUAUAUCACGUCGGUCAAUUUUAAAUGAGCUGAUGAAUGACUGCACAAUGAAAAUCACAUAUUCUGGUAAAAGCCAGGACUUGGUGGUGCGGAAUUGUGGAUACCAGCUUGUAUUCCAUGAAAAUGUGGGAGAGCUUGUGGAAACAAUAGUGCAAUGUGGAACCUCGUAUCAUCCUAAUUAUUGUGAAGAAAAUAACUCAAUCAUGAUUCUUUAAGUUGCAGAUGAGACAAGAAAUUAGCUAACCAAUGAGAAUGAGCAACAUGGCCUCGUCUGAAUAUCCAUGAGUCAUUUCUACAUUGUGUCUUCUGGACAACCCAGAUUGUAGUGCCUGCAGCUAUGAAGUAUUAAUACAAUGUUAAUUAAACUGGAUUUCAGGGUUAAUCUUUAUAUACUACCAAUAAAUACAACUUGGGAUGGC